UUGUGAAUGCUGCGGGAAAUAUUUGUUACGGGAACAAUAGUAUGGAAAAAAUGCAAUAAUCUCAUUGGGUACAACUGUUAUUAUUCAGAAUUCACGUUUAUGUAUUAAAUAAUCAAUUGCGUCUGACUAACGUGAGUUAGCUACGGAAAAUGUUGCCUGCUGAAGCUUCACGGAUGAUCCAGGAUCAACACGAAACGGAGAGUGAGUCAGACGACGCAAGAUCAAACAUAUCCACUGAGGACAGCGAGGAUGAACGAUGGCACUUUGAGCUUCGUGUUGAUCCCACCGAAGAUGUUUGUGAUGACAAUGAGGAGAACGUCACACCUGGACCAUCUAGGAAGAGAGCACGGGGUCAGGAGGACACUCCACUUUCAUGGAAGACAGAACGUGAUGGAGAUACUGCACCAGGACAUCUGCGCUUUGUUCCUGCAAGGGAACCUGGUGUGCAGCUGAGCACAGAGGACCAUCACACUCCUCUGAGCCUCUUCAAGCUGUUCUUUUCGAAUGACGCCGUUAAAACCCUCUGCCGUAACACCAACAAGCAAGCUGCCAGGAAAAUUGGCAGGGGCGCAAAGUACAGAUGGGUGGAUGUUGGAGUUCCAGAAUUCUACAAAUUCAUUGGGCUGAUAUUCUACAUGGGCAUAAUCAAGAUGAAACAAAUCACAGACUAUUGGAGGAAACACAGCAUCUUCUCUGUGGCUUUUCCAGGAGAGAUGAUGUCAAGGGACAGAUACCGAACGAUCCUCUGGAACUUGCACAUGAGCGACCCAGAUGAAGACCUAGUGAAUGACGCCAUGAGGAGAGCCUCAAAACAUGACAAACUAUUCCGCGUCAAACCCCUCAUGACCACCAUACAGGAUGCCUGUACGUCAUUCUAUCAUCCCCGCAAGGACCUUUCUGUGAGACAAUACUUGAAGGGCAAACCAAACAAGUGGGGCUUCAAGUUGUUUGUACUCACAGACUCCAGCAAUGGGUACACGGCCAACUUUAACAUAUACACAGGAAAGAACAAAUUCCCCAAGGGCCAUGGCCUCCCUUAUGACUCUGUCAUGUCACUGACUAACAAAAGUUAUUUGGGGAGCGGAUACCACAUCUACAUGGACGAUUUUCAUACAAGCCCAAAGCUUUUCAAGGACUUGUAUGCUCUCAAGUUUCCUGCUUGUGGAACAUACAGAGAAUCCCGGAGUGAUUGCCCACGCAGUGACAUCAACGCGCUGACAAAGGACUCGCCCAGGGGAACCAUCCGCUGGAUAAGAGACGGCCCCCUGCUCUAUGUGAAGUGGAUGGAUUCACAAGAGGUGUCCGUCUGCUCCACCAUCCAUGCUGCCCACGGAGGGGACACAGUGCAGCGGAGGGGGAAAAACAGACUGGGCGCCUGGUCAAGUCAGGCUGUUCCCUGCCCCAAACCCGUGGUAGAGUACAGCAAAGUCAUGGGUGGUGUGGAUGCGUCCGACCAGCUGAUCCAGUACUACACGGCACAGCACAAAACUGUGAAGUGGUACAAGAAGCUCUUUUUUCACCUCCUGGACAUUGCUGCAUCAAAUGCCUUUAUCCUUCACAAGGAACUCAUGCAAGAGAUGCAUCGGAAAAGCAUGACCCACAAGGAGUUCUUGGAGGAGCUCUGUGCAGAGUUGUGUGGCGUGUCACUGGCUAGUAGUCAGCCCGAAAAGGCUCCUCCGAAGAGGACGGCUCCAGUCUCUUGCAUGCCAGUUUGCGGGAUUGACCUCUACACUAAUGGGAGCAGGGUCAGUGAUGGUCGCAGAUGCUGUGUGCACUGCAAAAUGCAAGGAAGACAAACGAAAACCCAGUGGAAGUGUGAUCUAUGCGAUGUCUACCUUUGCGUUCAGCAAGGCAGAAACUGUUUUGUCGAUUGGCAUCGAGAUGAUAACUGAUCACUUCGAUAGAAGAUGUAUACGAGCGUUGAGAAUAGCGGAAACGUCUGCUCCCUUCAGGUAAACUUUCUCUGCUAAGACUUUGUUCGGCGGAAUCUUUCAGUGUGUGAACCACUUCAACCUUUUCUUUGAGAUAUUUUUGUUUUAACACAUCUGGACGAAAAAAAAAGACAAUACCUCUCUGCCCUCUGGCAUCGACAUAGGAACUGAUCACUUCAGUACAAGAUUUAUACGGCCACUUACUAAGCUCAAUCAAAGCUCUUUUCUGAGAAUCUGGACAAUGACAGCCUGGACGAUGACAGCCAUUGACAGAUGGGAAGCCAUUAGGCGUGUUCAAGUUGAACUCCAAAUGACCUCUUGCAGCAGCGAGAGCUGCUGGUGGCAGCAGGGGAGGGGAUACAAACGCUGCUGUGAAGUUGUACACUCUACUUCCCGUAGUCUAGACUUGACCAUGUGACGAAUCACGAGGCACGGACCCGCACGGACCCUUGUGGAUAUGAGGAGGCAUCUAAACACCUGCACAUACGUCAGGGAUGUAAAAGCCAAUUAGGGCAAAGACCUGACGUCAUGAAGGCAGGGUCUAGGCUCCGCUGCGCUCCGCAGUACCUCUAAAGCUGCUGCUCCGCUGCGAAGCAGCUGCCUGGCCACGCCUUGCUCCCGCGAUAAGUUGAGGCCAUGUGAUACCGACUGCCGAAAACACACCCAUCUAGACCAUUGUGGACAGAUUUUUAACCACGUGCGCAUCUUGUGCUGUGCAGUUUUUGUGCUGCGCAGCCAUCUUGAACGCGCCUAUUGACACUUGGACAGUGACCGUGAGGAGGGGACAUAUACAGCUGUGAUACACCCAUCUAAUCAGUAUUCAUUUGAAAUUCUGAAUGUUUACACUGAAUUUUAAUUGGAACUAAUUUCAUUAAAUUCACAUUACAAUUUACUCUCAUAAUUAUUGUGGAGGUCUUUUUAGAAUGUUACCUUACGUGCCACUUUUGCAUUUAUAGGUGUUUUUAGUUAGAUGAAAAACUUAGAGAUGAAUUGUAAAGAUUCAUUUCUAACUAAUUUUUUUCUAUACUGCAGUUUAGCCACUGUACAGCUGAUGCAAGAGGGUCUGUUGUCCCUUUUUUAUGAUGCACUUCCUGUGACGGUUAUUCGUUUCCAAAAGACUUAACCAAGUGGGUAAGUGAACCCCUCCAAUGGGAGUGUCUGAGGCUAGCAAGCCAUCACCUACUGCUAGCAUUCCAUUCAAUCUCCUUCAUUUUGAUGUCACUUUGACAGCAAAUAGCUAUAUCUGAAGCGUUUAAAGACUAUUUGUCCAUUAUUUAUUUGUAGGGGCGGUAGCAAGUGAGUGAAGAAUGGGUGUCUAUGGGACUACAUUUAUGUUUAUUAAUAACAAAAGGUUAAUUUUCUCUGGACUUGAUCAUAAAUAUGUUUGUUUGUCAUACAUGUCUGUCACAAACAUAAAUAAUAGAAAAUCA